AUGGCCACAGCCGUCGCCUUCGACCCCUCAGCGAGCGCGAUGCGCGCGCCGCUCUCGACCGCUGACGCGCCCUCGAUGGCGGACUCGCUGCCGACCGUGAACUUUGGGUUCGAGGACCUGCGGGCGCGCAUGGCGAGCUUCUCGUCGCGGUUCGACGCCUUUAUCGAGCAGGGGCGCAAGCGGGUGCUCGAGGAGCGGAACCAGUUCCGGAUCAAUCUUGCCGAGCUGCAGGAGGACGAGCGCCAGAAACAGCGCGACAUUGAGAUACUCUCGCUGAAAGCGACGACGCACACGCAGACAGUGGCCAAAGAAGCGCAAGAGACGCACGAGAUGCACCAGGCCAUCACGCAGCUCAGCAAUCGCCGCUCCGAGCAAGAAACGCGCCGCAGCGCCCUCCAAGCCCAAAUCAGCGCCGCCCAGGCCCAGCUGGCCGCCAAGCGCGAGCUGCAGGCCAAGCACGCCCGCUACCGCGACGCCAUGGCCCGCGCCAACGGCCCCGAACUCGCCUUCUGGACCGACUACCUGUGCCUGCGCAUCGAGGGCGCGGGCGAGGACGACCGCCUCAAGUUCGUCUACUCGCAUGUCGAUGACCGCGAUUGGGACCGCGAGGCUGCCUUCGUCCUCGAUAUGAGCUGCCGCGAAUACGCCGUCCCGGUUUGCAGACCUAAGCUUGAGCAGGAGGAGGUCGAGCGCGUGCUGGAGAGGUUGAAUGAGACGAGGGAACUGAGUGCUUUCUUGAAGGGCAUGCGCGAGCUGUUUGUCGAGGCGAUGAAGUAG